AUGAAGUCUACUCGGUUGGCGAAUGAAAUACCCGAAGGCGGACUCGGCAUCCUCGUUGUCGACCAGCAAGUGAGCUUCCAUCCGGGAGGGUCCCUCGCUAUCGACUCUGCCAACGCAGACGCUGCUCGAAUUGCUGCGUUUAUCUCGAGCCACACAGCCGAGCUAUCACAAGUCGUCCUGACCAUGGACUCGCACCAACGCUACCACAUCGCACAUGGAAUCUUCUGGGAGAACGAGGCUGGGAAAUCUCCAAGUCCGUUCACGCCGAUCUACGCGCAGAACAUCACGGACGGAGUGUGGAAGCCACGAGACUCGAGCUUGAACGAAUAUGUGCUGGAGUACACUCAAUCACUCGAGGCUAGUGGCAAGUUCUCACUCACAAUCUGGCCGGAGCACUGUAUUAUCGGAUCACCGGGCCACAAUAUCGUUCCAGACGUGCUCGAGUCUGCGCUUGAGUGGACGAAGGCGUCGCUGAAGCCGAUCCAAUACGUGAUGAAAGGCAGCAAUCCGCUAACUGAGCAUUAUUCUGCUUUGAAAGCGGAGUAUGAACUGCCCUACGAUCCGUCCACGAGCUUGAAUACGGCGCUGAUCAAGUCGCUACAACGCGCUGGCAAGCUCGUCAUUGUGGGUGAGGCGCUUUCACACUGCGUGAACUUCACUGUCCGCGAUCUUGUGGACAAUUGGCCGGUGGAAAGACUGAGUGAUCUUGUAAUUCUGACGGAUUGUUCGUCGCCGGUGGCUGGAUUCGAGGCUGAAGCUGAGCAAUUCUUGAAGGAUAUGGCAGCGAAGGGGUUGACGUUGACGACGUCCUCGGCGUUCAACUUGUACGCUGCGUAA